UACAAAUGCUUCCGCUAUGUCAUCUGCAACUAAAUACACUUGUUGAUCGGAGUGAAACAGCAGCCUCUACAACAGCAGAUCCAGCCGUCCCUUAUAAUGGUUUAAAAUAGUCUAUUAGAGAUACAGCCAUGGAAGGAGAUAUUAAGAAUACCCUAGACACUGUAGCAGUUGAGAUAUUGUCUACGGAAAUACGGGAUCAUAACAGAAAUAGAGAAAAAGAGCAGUUGCACCUCAUCUUCUCUCUCAUAAGCAGUAUUGGAAAGAUAAAGAGUGUCUAAAAGUUUUAGAGCGAGAAAAUAUUUUGGACCCGGAGUAGAGGGUUGAAAUGCUGUGGAAUGGACCUGCAAAGUGCAUAUUGCAUGCCAAUUCAAGCAUAAUUUUUAGCAAAAAAUUUAUGAAACCAUAUCAGUGAUACUUUGUGAAUGUUAACCCCAGAGGAAAGUGAUGAUGAAACUGUGUUUGGAUUAUCAGAUGGUCUUGAAGCAACUAAUCUCUUAAAUAAAGAGUGCAAGACUGAAGACAACAUGAGCAAGAAUAGCAAAAUGAAGAAAAUAAAGAAAUUGUUGUGCAAGAGUGAGGACUAUCCCACCAGCAUCUUCUACAUUGUCACCAUGGAGUUUUGUGAAAGGUUUUCAUACUAUGGCAUGAAAACAAUUUUGGUGAUCUAUUUGACCAAAAAACUUCUGUUUGAUGAGAACAGUGCCACUGCCCUGUACCAUAUCUUUAGCAUGCUGUGUUACUUCACCCCUUUAUUUGGUGCUAUGCUGGCUGAUGGAUACCUGGGAAAGUUCAAGACAAUUCUUUACUUGUCUAUAGUAUAUGGCAUAGGAAAUUUGAUCAUGUCUCUUACUGCAUUACCACCUCCAGAAAGUAUUGGUCCCUCAGUGGGGCUCUUACUUAUUGGUAUUGGUACGGGAGGAAUUAAGCCAUGUGUUUCUUCAUUUGGUGGGGACCAAUUCCUAGCUAACCAGGCCCAUCUUGUGGCUAGCUACUUCUCACUGUUCUACUUUGCUAUCAAUGCUGGAAGCCUCAUCUCCACCUUCAUUACACCAGUGCUCAGAGCUGACGUCCACUGCCUUGGAGCCAAUGAUUGUUAUCUCUUGGCCUUUGGUAUGCCUGCAGCACUGAUGAUCGUAGCUUUAUUGGUUUUUGUUUGUGGAAAGUCUUCUUAUAAGAUCAACCCACCUACUGGUAACCUUCUGGGAAAAGUUUUCAAAUGUAUUGGGAGAGCAAUCAAAAAUAAAUUUAGCAGACAAAAUAAGUUUGAAAUGCGGGACCAUUGGUUAGACUACGCAGAUGAUGUCUAUGAAAACAGCUUCAUAGAAGAUGUGAAAGCAGCACUACAUGUGCUCUUUAUGUUUCUUCCCUUGCCCAUUUUCUGGUCUCUUUUUGACCAGCAGGGGUCAAGAUGGACACUACAGGCAGAGAAAAUGGAUGGACAGAUUGUUGGAUCAUGGAUUCUCAAACCAGAUCAGAUGCAGGUGAUAAAUCCAGUGCUUAUUAUACUGCUCAUUCCAUUUUUUGAAACUCUUGUUUAUCCUUGUCUGGACAAGUGUAAAAUUCCAAACAGGCCACUCCAGAGGAUGUGCAUGGGGAUGCUCUUAGCUGGAUGUGCCUUCAUUAUAGCAGGCUUUGUACAGAUCAAGAUAGAUAGCACAAUAGAGCCUCCUUUAGACCAGGGUCAGUCUAAGCUGUCCUAUAUAAAUGCCUUGUCCUGCCCUGUCAACAUAUCUAGUAGCUUUUAUAAUGGGACCUUGGACUACACACAGGGUGCUGGCCCAAUAAAGAUAAAGAGUGGCAACUAUAGUGUCAAGUUCUCAGCAUCUUGUGCCAGCCCUCAAGAAGUGCAAUUUCCCCUGAACCUGCAGAGUCAGAAAGGUUAUGAAACAGUGAUAGCCAACAAUGGAGGGCAACUACAAGCUUCACAGCUAGAUGAUCAUUUAGAUAAACCAAAAAAAGGACAGGCUUUAAUAAGCUGUAUAUAUGCAUUGCCAUCUUCAUCCUCCAAUAUUACCCUGCAUUUACAUGAGAUAGACAGCAGCCAGAAGAAGUAUUCCCUUCCACUUCAUCCGUUUGAAUCUAGUGGCUAUUUCCUCAUGGAACCAGGGGGGUAUACUAUGAUGCUGGUCUAUCCCAGCAGCAAUGAGAGUAAGCUGAUCCCAGAGAAACUGGAUGCUAAGAUGGGUGGGGUCUACUCCUUGGUGCUACAGCCAAAGAAAGGGGGAGCAGAGCAAGAGCUGGAGCUGACGGAGUAUAUUGAUGUUGCCCCCAAUUCUGUUCCCAUGUAUUACCAGAUUCCUCAGUAUGUUGUGAUCACAGCAGGAGAAAUUCUCUUCUCAAUAACUGGACUCUCUUUUGCAUACUCUCAGGCUCCUGCCAGUAUGAAAUCUGUGCUGCAGGCAGGCUGGCUACUGACUGUGUCAUUUGGCAACCUAAUAGUGGUGAUUGUUGCAGAAUCCAGGCUUUUGCCACAGGCACCAGAGUUCUUCCUGUUUGCAGCCUUGAUGGGCUUGGACACAUUGAUCUUUGGCAUCAUGGCCUGUUUCUACAAGUAUGUGACACCCAAGCAUGCAGAUGAGAUUGAAGAUGACACGGCUGGCCUAGUGGAGGAUGAAAUUGAUGACAGACAUGAGGAUAUCCCUUUGAAUGGCCGCCUGACCAACACCAAGUCUUAUACAGACCAGGGUGAAGGACAAAGCAAUGAAAAGCAGUAAUGAUACUAAUCCUAGGCAAGUUUGGACUGUGUUAAAUUGGUUUUAUUUUGUGUGGGUGACACUAUGACAAUGACAAAACUUACUGAAAAGUGGUUUAAUUUGUGGCAAAGGAUUAACUUAUGUAGUGUGAACUUAGCUCAUAUAUGUAAUUAAGAGGUGCUUUUGUGGAAGCAUUUUUAAAGGGAUGACAACUCUUCAUUUUGGUAGAAAAAGUGUAAUAAAACAGAUUUUCUUCAAUGGUUAAUGAAUCCAUUCUAACAUUCAAUUUUUAAAAUGUGGUUUUGGUAAUAAUUUCUUAAGAGAAUGCGAUCUCUUAAGGGAUUAAUACAGAGGGUAGCCCUCUAUGAAGGUCCACAUGGUCUAAUGGCUAGCACAGAUUUCAGAUUUGUGAUACCUGUCAUUUUGGUGAUAAAUGAAAACUAUGAUAUUUCUGUGUGUUGUUUACAAUGCAUUUAUUGUGAAAUUUGGAAUCUCAUAUGAAGAGUUGUGAUCCUUUCAAAUACAUAUAUACUCUGGAAUCAUUAUCAGCAUCUUUCAGAUCUGAUUUUCAAAAAUGAUAUUUGGGCACUGGAUGGAUGAUCUUUGUUCAUGAUCUUUGAUGUAUUUAUGUAAGCAUUUUUAGGAAAAUAAUGGGAAAAUAAUGCAAAGAAUUUGAGAAUGACAUUGAUAUUGGUGCACUGUGGGUUAUGAUAGUAUUUUUGAUUUUGAAAUACUGGUUUUUAAAAAUAUUGAAGCACGUAAAAUGGACUAAGUAUAAAUCUAAUGGCAUAAUGCAAUCUUUUGGCAGAACUUAUUUUCACCAGUCACAACAGUGCAAUUAUUUCAAGUGCUCACAUUUUGAAUGAUAUUAAAUAUUUGUACUUAUUUAGUAACUGCAAAUAAGACAAGGACACUGAAAGAUGGUGUAUUGCCUUUAAAUGGUACAUUUAACCUCACAACUUGGUGAUCUUCUCUGUUCUGGUACUGUUUUAAAAAUGGUAUUUACUAGAUUUCAAUGGGGGAAAAUUGUGAAGUUUACAGUUACUGUAUUUUUUAAGUCA